UAACCCGAAAUAAGGACGUACGUAACGUACUUUACCCAGCGGCUGAUCUCUGUGACGCUGUUGCGGCGAAGCUCCAGAGCUCGAGCUCGUAACGGCGGCGAGAGAAGUCAUCGCUUCUCCUGCUGCUAUUUAGCACACUGCGUAGGGUUACAGCAGGUUGAGCCUGGGACCAGCUGUCCUCCAAGAUGAACCCUUAUGAGUGAAAGUAACCUAUUCAAUAAAAGCCAUGCCUGAAGAUUAGAGCCACCUUCUGCUUACAGCAAUACAACCAUACAGAGGAUUCUACAUGACUCUUCAUGUAGACCUUCCUGUGUUUGUCCUGCUGGAUUGAGUCCUUCCUCUCCUACUAUAAUAUCAGCUCUCUCCCAUUCAUACCGCUCCCUCUUGCACUUUCAUGUCCACCUGGAAACAUGUAUCUUCUUUUGAGAAUGGCUCCAACCUAGUCUCAUGCAUCCAAUGAGUGGAGAGUCAGACGGCCCUGCUCCUGAAAGAGUCUCGCGGGCCUUCCCUUUGUCAGGCCCUGUGUCUUCCUCAGAGAUGUCCUCACUGCAGUCACUAGGGCCAGUGCAGAGCUGGCUGGGUCAGGAGCUGGAGAAAUGUGGCAUAGAUGCAAUGAUCUACACCCGUUAUGUCCUUAGCCUGCUUCUGCAUGACAGUUAUGACUAUGAUCUGCAGGACCAGGAAAAUGACAUCUUUCUGGGCUGGGAGAAGGGAACAGGGAAGAAAUGGGGGAAGAGCAAGAGGAAGGGAGGGACUGACCUUACUCUUGAAGAGAUGAAGAAACAAGCUGCUGUGGAAUGUUUGCGUUCAGCAUCUGAUGAAAAUUCUGGAAUUGAAAGCUUGGUUGAGGAGCUGUGCUCUAAACUCAAGGAUAUUCAAAACAAACAGAAAGAAAAGGUAAAGCAAGGAAAUAAAAAAUCUGAUAUAUCUCAGUCUCCUGAACCAGAUGAAUCAUUUUCUUCUAAGGACCAGGUUGAGAUGUACUAUGAAGCUUUUCCACCUCUCUCAGAAAAAUCAGUUUGUCUCCAAGAAAUGAUGACUGUGUGGAACAAAGCUAAAGCCUGCAACUAUUCCAGUUCAUCAUCAUCUGCUGUCCCUCAAACAAGCACAGACACAUCCUCUCCAAAAGAUUGCAACAGCGAAGGUGAAGCUUUUAAAGACCGAAAAGUUGAUGUACCCAGUUCCAACACCACAAUCAGUGAGAGGGCUCAGCAGCGACGCACUAAGAGGGAGAAGGAAAACCGAUUCCAUGGAAGCGCAACAGGAGUGUGUGAUCAGGUUGCUCCUCAUAGUAAGAGACAGGCGAGACACCGGUCUGAAGGGAGGUUUCGGCCCAGAUCGUGGUCCUCUGGCUCUAGUGAGGCUGGCUCUAGCUCCAGCGGUAACCAGGGUGACCAGACCCUUAGUUGCAAAGCAGUGCGUAUAAGACACAAGUCUAGAGAGGUCAGCAGCAGAAAGAAAAGAGGCCGCAGUGGUGGCGGACAGGUCAAACUGGCCCUAAAAGUCAUCGACAAAGAAGAGUGGAAAAAUGCACGUGGCAACAUCAGUACCACUGGAGGCCCACCUAAGCAACAGCAGCACUACAUCAAAAAAGGCAAAAGACCUCUGAGGGAGAUCCGCAAAGAUGCUAAUCUGGCUGAGGCACAGGAGUCAGGAGGAGAGGCCAAUAAAAAGGAAUAUGUGGAAGAGCCACUUUGGUAUACAGAGCCCAUCUCGGAGUACUUUGUCCCUCUCAGUAGAAGUAAAUUGGAGACAAAGUAUCGGAGUAAAGAAGACUCUUCCAGUGACGUGGCCAUGUCCAUUGAUGUUGACUGUCUGUCAGAGAGAAUUCAAGGGAUCUGCAUUGCUAAUUCUUGUUUUCAAAGGGCAUACCUUGCAGCAGGCACUUUUGUGGAUGGUCACUUCAUUGAAGUCCCUGAUGAAGGUGAUGAAGAGGCUCCUGAACUAAAUGGGAUUCCAAGCUGCCCUCCUCCUGAAGAUGGUCAAAAUUUAGAUGACGAGCAUCUGUCUGAAUUCACUCACUUCUAUGAAGUUGAUUUUUACCAAUCCAUAUUGGAUCCUAGUGCCUCAGAUGCGGUACAAGAAAGCCGAAUCCUGAACAUGAUUCGACAGAAGAGCAUUGAGCGAAAACACUUUGAAGCAGGAUGUGUAGAUUUAGAUGGCCUUGAGCUGCAAGGGGAAAGUGCAAUAAGGAUUGAUUCUCUGGGAGCCUCAGAAGCAGAUGUUUCUAUCACACAAGAUAUGGAAAAUAUUGCCCAGGUCUGGGAGUGCUGUUCUUCAUCUAGCUUGGAAGAUUUGGAAGGAGAAAGCUGUCUCGGUGACUCUCCAGUCAGGCUCUCCCCAGUGUUGGACAGUGUUCCUUUUAGCUUUAGUAAACUGUCUGGAGCUUUUGUAGGGCAUCAUCUCCAAGAAGCCAGCAGUAGCAUCUCUGCCCUGAACUCCUGUUUUCCGCUUUUUGAGUUGCAGUACGAUAGCCCUACCUUUUCUUUUCCCUGCGACUCUCUUGCGGAGGGUCAGGACAAUGUAGAUUCAAGUAGCUGUUUAGAUCCACAAGGAAACAAACAAUCCCGUUUGCUGAUUUGGACCAAAAACAGUGCCUUUGAAGAAACUGAACACUGCUCUAACUUAUCAACAAGAACCUGCAGUCCCUGGUCCCACUCAGAGGAGACCCGGUCAGAUAGUGAACAGAUCAAUGCUCCAGCGGAUGAAUCUGCUCAGUUUGGGAGUGAAGAGGUCAGUUGUGUCUCCCUUAUCCCACCGUUAUGCCUAGAAGAAGAACUUUUAGAUUUCUUUCAAGAGAACUCCAGUCACCAGCAGGAAGAAACAAGUGUAGGCACAGAGCCCAACCAGCCCUUCAAUAAGAAAUCAAAAUUGGAGUCUGUUUGUGGCAUAGCAUUAGAGCAGGAUGAGAGUAAACUCUAUAAUGCUGUUUUGUUUUCAGAUGUCCCAAAUCAACAAAGUGAUGAAUACACCUCAGGGAUAGUUAAAGACAUUUGGAUGGCUAUUGGAGACAGAGACUGUGUCUUAACACUUGGGGUAAAGAAUACAAGGGAACACUUGUUUUCUGAUUCUACCAGCUACCAUUGCAGCUGUCUUGAAAAGGAUGUAAAAGGUGAAAUUAUUCAAAAGAAAGCUGUGCAGUGUUCGGAGUAUCAUCUUUGGGAUGGGCAGAAAGGAGAUGAGGGACUUCCUAAAACCAAGCUCUCUAAAAUGAAUGAUGGGGAUUACACGACACCGGCCAAGCCCUGGAAUUGUAAUUCACAGGACAGCACCUCCUUUAUCCUCGGUGGGGUUUAUGGAGAACUGAAGACUCUAAGUGGUGACAGAGAAUGGGCUAUGAUUCCACCUGGUGAUGCUUGUGGCAGUUUGUUGCAGUGUGCAGCAGCCACAUCUUCUGACAUGGUAACCAUAGCAGGAGCAGAUGUGUUUAUGAACACAAGCAGUUGCUUUGCUCCUGGCCACAAGCCAUUGUGGAGGCCUCUUGUGUCCCUUGGUCAAAAUGAGAAGGCUACCAAGAAACCCGGGGAUGGUUUGAAUAAGGGAUUUUCUGUUGUCUUCCAUGAAGAUUUACUGGGAUCGUGCGGAGGCUUUCGUGGAGAAGAGUCAGGAUUGGAUUACGCAUUUUCAUCCUUUGAUAUGAACAACCCUUUUUCCCAGGUCCUGCAUGUAGAGUGCUCCUUUGAGCCAGAGGAUAUGGCCUCGUUCAGCUCGGGAUUCAAGCCAAAAUCCAUAUUAUGCUCUGACAAUGAGCCCUUUUGCCCUUGGUUAUAUGGCAUCAACCGGACUCAGUAUCGGGCCAUUCGAAUUUCCCCAAGGACUCAUUUCCGGCCAAUAUCAGCCUCUGAACUUUCUCCAGGUGGGUGCAGUGAGUCAGAUGUAGAGUCUGAGAAAGAGGAAGCGAAUCUUCCAGUUGGUCAAGCAGACCUCUUUGAUGACCCACAGGCUGACCUCAAGCCUCUUGAGGAGGACGCAGAGUGCGAGGGCCCUUAUUAUGGAAAAUCUGAGUUGGAGUCUGGGAAGUUCCUACCAAGAUUAAAGAAGUCUGGCAUGGAGAAGAGUGCCCAGACUUCACUCGAUUCACAGGAGGGUGGGAGCACCCUUCUGCCGAUUACUGAACAAGAGGUUUGCGUACAUUGUGAGACUGCAGCGGUUUCGGUGCCAUGCUCUAAUGUUCAGUCCUCUGUUUUUCAACAAGAGGGAUCUAGCAGAGAGGCAGAGUUGUGCAAAUGUGCUGCAACUGAUCAGAUUCCAAAAAGUGGGAAGUCGUUUGAUGUUGCUCAAGAUAUGCAUGAGUUACCUCUGUUGAAUUUUGGAGAACAGUGCUCAACUAAUAUGCAGCAAGAAGAGUGCUGGUGGCAAAGUACUCUAUGUUCUCCUUUAUUUCCAGGUUCUCAGUGCGGAGGAAGCAGUAAUGUAUGAUUCUUCUGCUGAGCGUGGAGUUAUACCAAUGCUGAUUUCCUCUCAUCACUUUCAACCAAAAUGCAGGGGAAGGAUAGGAGGACCCUUACAAGAACAGUGAGCCCAUGGCCCGCAGUGGGCUCUUUCUUAACCACGCUCUCCUAAGCCCUGUUAUUCCUCAGCCAUUUCAUCUAAAACGGCGUGUCAUCAAGAUGAAAACAUAACGAGAGGAAAACAUGGCAGUAGGUUGAACGUACAGUUAGAUGAUUCUGGUCAACAGCAUUUAUUGUAGACUUGUUUUCAGUCUGUUAAUUCCAAGGUUGAUCAAUUUUGAAAAGAAUAAAAAAAAGGCAUAGUUAAGUUUUAAGAAUGUUCUUUAAUUUACCCCUUAUAGAUUUUAGCAUCACUUUUAUGUUUGAUCUAGGAUACACUAUAACUGUGGUCCUACUGAUUGUGCAUGUGCUUGUGAACCUAGCCUCAGUCUUUCUAAUAGUCAAAGUUUCUGUGACCGAACUAUGAAUACUCAGAAGUCCGGUUGAAAGCACUACGAAUGCGACAUCCCCUUCCCCACUCGGAUGGUUUAGCAUUUUGUCGUAUUUUUAUUUUAUUUUAUUUGAAUUGUAGAGGAUAGAGUUGUGUGAGGUUUGGUGUGUUGAAAGAAAAAGUGCUUUUGCCACCCCACCCCCCACUUUUGUUCUGUUACAUCAAUUAUUUGUUGAUGUUCCACUUUAGUUUGAUACUGCUCCAAAAACAUCUUAAAGAAAUAAAGCAGGGUAAUAUGUUAAAGGUGUAGUAAUACAAUAAGCAAAAAAACUAAACACGCUGAUUAAAACAGAAGUCUAAGUAAAGAAAUCUAUCCUUGUCCUUGAAAUUGAAAGUUGAUUUCUUUGCUUAAGUUUCCCAUUUAAUUCAGUCAUUGUGAUAAAUGUUUGCUAGGUUAUUUUGUCCACUUUAGUUAAAAAAAUAUUUGUCAGAUGGCUUGUUAUCUUUCAUAAAAGUUAUUUUUUUGGAGAAAGGUGUGGUGUCAAAGGACAGUUUACAUUUUCCUGAAUACAAGUAUAGUAAGAUAUCUGAAAAAAACAAAAAAAACAUGUAAAAUAUAAAUGCUGAAGAUAAAGUCUACAAGGGAAAUAAAAAUUAAAAAGGAGGGGGAGGGGGCAUAGGUCACUGAAUAUUUUGACUAUACAAUUUAAUUUUAGUUGUUUCGAAGUCUUCAAAAUCUAUUACACCUUACAGUUGAUCAUAUAAAUGAUCAGUUGCAACAUAAUUUUAUGUAUUUGUUCUUUAAGUUUAGUUUUGUGAAUUUCAGUGAAAUUUCUUCCCCUUCUUUACCUAACUAAAUUGUGACUUCUGAUUAUCCAUAAAAUGACUUGAUUUGUUUUUUGUUUUACAUGAAAAGAAUUGAGUGUUUCCAGUAAUGGCAGUCAAUGCCCGUUUCAAUGUGUGCUGAUGUCAUAUGGCAUGGGCAAUGCCUAGUAAGACUUCAAAUGAAGAGGGAUAUACAAACGCAAUAUAGUAUUUUGGCACACCAUAACUCCACAACCUUACAAUGUUAAUGUAUUUUUGUGUAAAAAAAAAAAAUACAUGCGUUCAUUUUGGCUACACCCCCCUCCCCCCCAUGAAUAAGGCCCAAAUGACUUUUCCUAUAAAGUUUGGUAAGUCGCUUGCCUAUAUAAUUUUUUUUGUGGCUGUGGUAUGAGAGGAGUAUGGUGUUCAUAAUGCAAAAUCCAGUCCAACACAAAUAUUUUUGGCUCUUAUUUUUUCAUCUUAUCCAUUAAUUUUGGUCUGCUUCUAAUGGAUGUCUAGCAUGCCAACUGCCACCUUCAAUCUAGCCUGGAUGAGUAUUUUCCCUCAUUUCAUUUUGUUACAGAUGUUAGCAUGAGAAAUUACAUGUAUGCUACAUCAGCAGAGUGUGAAUUUACAAGUGAAAUUUGGGAAAGGUUGCUGUUUUUGGAGAACUCUCAAUACUUUGGUUUUCUUGAAAAAAAUGUGUGCAUUCUUUUUGUGUACCACUUCUGUGGGAAUUUUGGUUUAAAGCAUUAUUGUUGUAUAUUUUAAGGGGGAAUUUGAAUGUGGUAAUGAAGUAGAAAAUUAUAUCACCCCAUUCAACAAAGACCAACAGAUACCUUUGGAAAAAACGUUUCCUUAAUUGGGCACAAGGAUUAACUUUUUUUUUUUUACUUUCUCUGGCAUCAAAUGUCAAAAAAAAAAAAUUUAAACUAUUCAUUUAAAUGUGCUUAUUCUCCUUUACAAGGGAAAAAGUUUUUGUUGACAUGUUCUGAGAUACACAUUGGGGUAAAUUGUGAUCUUGUAACAUUAAGAUCUAUAGAGUAUUUUAUGUAUUGGUGCUAAUGUUCAUACACUACAGCAAAGAUGUAAUCUUCAAAUGUGUGUAAGAAAAAGGCCCACACACACUUGGUCUCUUUGAAAGAUUUGUGCUUAUUUUAACAGAAGCAGGUUGGGCCUUGUUCUUGAGUCUAGCUCGAGACCUUGUUUGUUAAAGUGUGUAAUCCAAGACUGUAUGGAAAAAGUUGUAGACCAUAACCUUGGAGAGAUUAUUUUGUAUGACCCAGUUUGAAACAGCUUUUGUGUGUGUUUGUUUGUUUCACCACAUUAUUUCCUCAUUGUGGUUGGUUGUGAGAGUUUGAUUAUUGUUUUACAGAGAUCAUACAUAUCCAGUUCAUUGAAAUAUAUAUAGUGGUAGAAACAGUGUAAAGGCACAAAAUUAUUUUACUGUACACUAUAACUGGUUACAGCAGUGCGUAUAGAUACCUUUAUUGGAUUUGUAUUUAGUUGACAAAUAACAUGUUCCAAUUCAGUUAAAUUUUUCCAUUUUAACAUGCUGGGUUGCUGACUAAUUCCAAAAUGCAAUUUUAUAUUUGUGUGGCAUUAAUUUCUCCAAUCAAUACCCAAAUUACUUUUUUGUUCUGUCAAGCACCUUGAGUUAAAUAUUGCCACCAUCCAGAAUUGUAACUUGUAUUAGUUGGGUUUAUGUUAAGAAACUUGUUUAUGGUGGGUGGGUGACAGACGACAAAAGCUAUUUAGAUUUAAGCGUUUUAAGAAAAUGCAUAUGUGUAAUACAUGUGUCUGACAGCGAAAUAUAAAAGAACAUCAUAGACUGGUUAUUUAGUUAAAGAACUUUUGAAAUGGUUACCUUUCUUAGUUUGAACAGACUCAUUUUAAAAUGAAAAAGAGUGACUUCAUUUUAUGUAUCUUUCAAAUUUAACUCUAUAAGGUUAUGGUUGCCGGAGAAAGACCUGAGUGCACAUGUCUAUUUGCAUUUUUUUUUCUAAGGUUUUGGUUUGGAGUACUUUUGGAGAGGAUGACUUUCAAGAUCUGCAAUGUUGUAUAACAUCAAAUGCAAAACUCUUUACUGCAACGGCUUCUUAAUUGGAGCCCAGCCCUGUAUCUUUCCUCUGAAUACCUGAUAAAUCACCAAACCCCAACACAAAGAUGGUUGCAUUGUUCAAUUGCCAUGUACAUCUGAGUACAUGAUUUUGUUUCAUUGUGUUGUUUCUAAACAUUAAAAAUAAACU